GGGGCAGAGUUGAGGGGUUCAAGAUGCUCAGGGGUCACCCUUGCAGAGGUUCUGACGUGAUGGAAGCUAAGAACUGACAAGGAGCCAAGCGGAGGCCCUGGGUCCUGAUGUGUGACCCAGGGCCAGGAUUGUGGCUUCAGAAGCCUUGGCCAACUCCUAACCUCUGCCUCAUGCUGUUAACCCUUCCCUGUACACCCUUCCUGAGUAGAUUCUUGUGGCCCGGGAACACUGGUGUGCGGGGUACCAGUCAUGGGCUGAGGCAGAAGUUUGGCCUCUCCUGCACUCCGUAGCUAGGCAAUGGAGAAGAAGCCUGGAGCUGGGUUGAACUGGGCUGGGCAAGAAGCAGCCCUCAGCCUUGAACUAUCUUCCUGAGCAAGAUGGGUGGCAGGCAGUGCAUGGGAGAGCCAGGCCAGGGCGGGGGCUGGGCAGGGUGUUAUGUGCAGCCUGGAGUCCGGCAGAGGGAAUGCUCCGUGUGGGAUUUAAACGUCCAGAUGCGGUCUGUUUCCCGGGCAGCUCUACAGACAUGGAUUCAUUCCAGAAGGUCGAGAAGAUUGGAGAGGGCACCUAUGGGGUGGUCUAUAAGGCCAAGAACAAAGCAACCGGGCAGCUUGUGGCCCUCAAGAAGAUCAGGCUGGAUGCGGAGACUGAGGGGGUUCCCAGCACCGCCAUCAGAGAGAUCUCCCUGCUCAAAGAACUGAAGCACCCCAAUAUUGUCAAACUGCUGGAUGUGGUCCAUAGAGAGAAGAAACUCUACCUGGUGUUUGAGUUCCUCACUCAGGACCUGAAGAAGCACAUGGACUCCGCCCCCACCUCAGAGCUCCCUCUGCACGUAGUCAAGAGCUACCUCUCCCAGCUGCUGCAGGGGCUGAACUUCUGCCACUGCCAUCGAGUCAUCCACCGAGAUCUGAAGCCUCAGAACCUGCUCAUCAAUGAGUUUGGCGCCAUCAAGCUGGCUGACUUUGGACUGGCUCGAGCCUUCGGGGUUCCCAUGCGCACCUACACCCACGAGGUGGUGACACUGUGGUACCGUGCUCCCGAGAUCCUCUUGGGCAGCAAGUUUUAUUCAACAGCCGUGGAUGUCUGGAGCAUUGGUUGCAUCUUUGCAGAAAUGGUAACUGGCAAACCUCUGUUUCCCGGUGACUCGGAGAUCGACCAGCUCUUUCGCAUCUUUCGUACCCUGGGGACACCCAGUGAAGCCACAUGGCCAGGAGUCUCCCAGCUGCCCGAUUUUCAGGACAGCUUCCCCAGAUGGACCAGGAGGGGGCUGGAGGAGAUCGUGCCUAGUCUGGGACCAGAAGGCAAGGACCUGCUCCUGCACCUCCUGCAGUACGACCCCAGCCAGCGGAUCUCAGCCAAGACGGCCCUGGCCCAUCCCUACUUCUCUACCGAGCACUCCCUAGCAUCCCGCCGCUGCGUGGUGGAGCACUUGUAAAACGUGGAACAACUCUGUGGGGCCCACUAGCCCACAUCCUCUCCAGACGACUGCCCGCCCACUGCAGAUAAAGCAUAUCUAGGGAGAGAAUACAACUCUGAGGAAUUUUACAUCAGUCAUCAGAAAGCUGGGCUUUGGUUCGUCCUGCCUGCGGGUUGGGGAAUUGUGUGUUGUUUGUUGGAUUUAAUGGUGCACUUUCAAAAGCUGUGCAGGUGCUCCGUACAUGGGGUGGGGUGGGGUGGAGUGCACAGCUUCCCUGGCAUUGGGCAGCGGGUUUCGGGUUAGUUAACAGCCCCCCCCCCCCCUUCACCGCUGUAGCUGCAGAUCCAGGGCGCCCUCUGCUGGUCUUGAGUUUUGUUUAAGCUGUUGGUGGGAAGAGUCCAGUUGGGAGGACUCGAGCAGGAGGUGGAGGGCGACACUCUGGUCAGGGUGUUCUAAGUAGUUGUCACAUCAUCAGUGAGGCUGUGGAUGUCCUUCUUUGUGACAAGUGGGAA